CCAACUUCCUUCUCAACCCUUCAGGACUCCACUCAGUUUACUAUAAAUCUAAGGAAGAUGAUGGCCUCAGAACUCUACAGCCUGAAGCCUAUCAUCCAUCUCAACAUGGUAUGCAUUUUCUGAAAUUCUUUUUCCUGAAAAAAAAAAUUCUGACUUCUUAAUUGGUGUUUGAUUAUGUAGCAGUGGUGGCCAUGGAGGGAUAUGGGGACUUUAUGGAAUGGUCACAGGCUACUCUGCAGCUGAAGAAUCCAGGCAGGGGAUUUCCAGGGCCGAUACAAGACGAUGACGACGAGGAGGCAGAGGGAAUCCAGAGCAAAGAGAAGUGGGCUUGUGUGAAGGUUAACAUGGAUGGAGUUAUGGUGGGAAGAAAGAUUUGCAUUCUUGACCAUGGAGGCUAUUCUAGCCUGGCGCAUAAAUUGGAAGAAAUGUUUGGGAGAAAUUCUGCAUCUGGGCUAAGAUUAUUCCAGGCUGGUUCAGAAUUUUCACUGUUUUAUCAGGUCAGGGAAGCGAAUUGGAGGCCUGUUGGUGACGUUACCUGGAAGUAA